AUGUUAAACGAAUCUGAGUUAAUAACACAUUUCGAUAGUAUAUAUGGUUUUGCCGAAGUAUUAGCUUUGAAAAGUGUGCGUGAAAUUCAAAUACCAGUAUGUAGUUCUCUCACUCAACUAACCUCAACAGAUUGCCUCAAAUUGAUGAAAUAUGAAUUGGAUAAAUGGUCUAAUCCUAACGAAUCGUCUAUGGAAAGAAUACUUCUAUUUUAUUUAGUAACAGAUUACAUCAGCUGUGGAUUAUCUUCUCCAGAGUUUCAUACUGUAUUUUAUAAAAACCUUUACACAGAAGCAUCAAAGAUAAAACUUUUGAAUGAUUUAGUAAAAAUUUGGGAUGGUUUAUUCAAAAAUUAUAAAAUUCCAAAUAUUGAUUUUGUCAAAAAUUUGAUGGUCAGUUUGGAGCGCCUUUUUAUUAAAAUGACAAUUUUAGUUCCUGAUGAUCUUAUCAAGUUUAAAAGCAGCAAAGUUAUAGCUAAAAUUAAUUAUUACAUUAAAGAGUAUGAGCAAAAUAUUUCAGAUGGUCAUACAUUAGGUAAUAAUUGUAUGCAACAACCACUUACGUGUAACAAGAAUAGAGUUUUAGGCAUUGAAAACAUAGUUCCAAAAUCAGAAGUGAAUUAUUGCAUCCAAAAUCUUGUCCAACAAAAUAAACAAAAAGGAGAUGCCAUGGAUAAAAGUAAAAAAUGUAUGACUUUAAAUAGUCCAUCACAAAAAAUGAAUACGGAACUUCAAAAGCCUAAUUCUGAAACUGAAGUUGAUCACCAUCUACCAAAGAAACCAAAAUUAAUGUCAAGUGAUGUGCUAAAUAGGAGUACCACGUCAGAUGCUGACUGCAGUGUAAUAGUGCCUCAUGAACAAAGGAAGCUCAAUGCAUUUCAAGUAAUGAUGCUCAAUGCUAAAAAACAAAAAUCAAAAUUGAAAUAA